AUGGUUGCGUUCAGCCUUCUCUUCGUAGCGCUUUCUGUCGGAGGAGUCUCAUCUGCAGCGACAGGCUUCGUGUCGCCUUCUGCGGAGCUCUUCUCUCCCUUAGUAUCCCAGAAGGUACUCAAGACAGCACUAUCUCUCACGAGCCCACCACAGUACCCGCAAUACACGGACCGUACCGAAGGCGACUGGAUCUGGUUCUCUCCUGACCAAUGGACCGCCGGCUUCUUCCCAUCCACGCUAUACGCGAUGCAUGAACGCACGAAGCUCUGUGGCUCUAGUGCGGGGAGCGCUUCGCAGUGGCUCACCCUUGGACGCGCGUGGAGCACGGGCGAAAUCCCGCUCGAGACUCAUACGGGCGUAGGGCAUGACGUCGGAUUCCUCAGCUAUCCGUUCAUGGAUGAACUCAAAGUGAAUCCGAGAAAUACGACAGCUAUCGAGGCCGUCAACAAGUUUGCGACUGCGCUUGCUGCUAGAUUUAGCCCUAUCGUGGGAUGCACGCGAAGCUGGGAUGCUGCAGACCCGACAGACUUUCAGGUCAUCAUCGAUAAUAUGAUGAAUCUAGAGGUUCUCUUUGCUUCGGAGGCACUCACCGGAAACCACACGCUGCGCGAUAUUGCCAUAUCACAUGCGGACAAGACGAUGGUGAACCAUAUCCGCGCAGAUGGGGGUUCAUUUCACGUCGUUGACUACAACUCAACUACUGGCGCGGUCAUCCGCCAGCGUACAUCGCAAGGUUAUGCGGACAACAGCACGUGGAGCCGCGGCGAAGCAUGGGGAAUCUACGGCUUCGCAAACAUGUUCAAGCAUACCCGCCAGUUCGACUACCUUCAGACGGCCCGCAAGAUGGCGAAGUACUGGAUCACGAACACGCCCUCUGACGGCAUCAUACCCUGGGACUUCAACGCACCUGUUGUACCGCCCCGCCCUGCGGACUCGUCUGCGGCGACGAUCGCAGCCAGUGCCCUGCUGCUGCUUGCCGACCAGGAACUUUCCAUCCUGAACAUCACUGGUUCUGUGUACUACACCAACGAGGUCAUCAAGAUGCUCAACGCAAACACGAAGCUCGCGUGGCGCCCAGAGUGGCAGAGCCUGCUCGCGAACGGGACCGUGAACAACCCCGUGCAGAACAAUUUGACGGGCAUCGUAUAUGGCGACUAUUUCUUCAUCAAGGCGGGGAACGAGCUUGUUUCCCGAGGACUCACGAGAUGUUAGCGUUUGUUCCGCAUCUAUGGGCAUCACGACACAUACAUGACUUCAUGACACAUGUAACAU